AUGGCCAACUCACCUCAGAUAAUCGACAUGGGCCAAGGCCUCGAUAGACCGGACAGGGUCCAGCGGGCCUGCGAUCGAUGUAACAAUUCUCGGACUCGGUGCAGCGGUGAAAUUCCCUGUCGACGUUGUGCUAAACUUAACUAUCCCUGCCAGUAUCAGCGUGCUGUGAAAAAGCGAGGCCCCAAGCCCCGGGCUACCCAGAGAAAAUCCCAUUCCAAAACUCACAGCUCAGACACAUCAACCAAGGGACAAUCGUAUAUCGCGAGACCAAGCGGCGCCGGCGAUAGUCCGCGGUGCAGCAAGGCAUCAUUUUCCUCAUCCUCGGACUGGGAUGGCAAUGGGACGGACACUCAAAGCCAUGGUAGUACGCCAGACACAUCCUUCACUUCUGAAGGGCCUGACCGGCCAAUGCAUUCAACAGAAUGUGAGGCAACCAUUCUCAGCUAUGGCACCCUCUCACUCGACCUAUCCUCACUUCCCACCGGCAGUGGCUUCUUCAACGAUACAUUGACAUGUCGAUAUCCGUGUCUGAAUCCGGUUCUCCCGGUCCUGCAAGGCAUCGUAAGUCCAGAAGAUGCUUGCAGUCUACUUGAUAUCUUCUUCGCGGACCCAGACACCGCGGGCUUGGACGCCCGCUGCCCUUAUAUCCUGACUCCAGUAAUCCGCAAGAAGUCUUUACUCCGGGAAAAGGCCCCACGGCUGGUGUCGCCUGCUUUGCUGGUCACUAUCCUUUGGUGUGUAUCACAUACAGCAAACCUGGACAUUCUCCAGGAUACCACUACACGUUCCAGGGUCAUUCAGAGCCUGUACUCCCUAUCGAUGAAACUGCUGCGAGCUAGGGACUCAGAUAAAUGGCACCGCACAACUAAUGGCUGGGUUGCUGAAUCUGACCUGCUCCCGUGUACAACACCUACCGAGACCGAUUGCUGUCCAGUAUCGGAGAAUAAUCCCGAGCAGAAUGUCGACGAUGUGAUUAGUUACAUCCUGAUUGCAUGUGUGAUAUCCGGAUCGGAGUUCAAACAUGAAUACAUCCAGUGGUGGAAUAAAGCCGUACACCUAGUCAAAAGACUGGGUUUCAACUCUGAAGCACGAAUAGCUCAGGAUACACCAUCAUCCCAGCAGAUGUCUCUUGCCUCGCGAGAACAACACGAGGAGUGUCGCCGAGCGUUUUGGCUGGUCUAUACACUAGAUCGACACUUUGCGUUAUCCUUCGACGAGCCCCUCCACAUCCAGGAUUCCGAAUGUCAAGUCCUGUAUCCAUUGCCAGAGUGGAUCUGGACAGACCUCGACAGUAUCCCCCUGGAAGAUAUUCCUCCCAGGGUCUGUGAACCUCCGACCCGAAUAUCAGGCACUGGAUUCUUCGAUUACUUUCUCCCUCUCAUGGUCAUGCUUGGAGAUAUUCUCGAGCUGCGUUCACGGUCUCAGCAUCCUCGCCUGGGAAGCCUCAACGAGACUUACCUGAUAGGCACCAUCCAGACCAUGCUGUCUGACUGCGAAUAUAGCCUCGAAGUCCUCCGGGCCGUGAGGACACCACAGUUUGCGUUCCCGACUUCUCCUCUAUCUCUCAAUGGCACGGACGAAAAGCCGAUAUGCCUCGCCUGGAUAAACACAGAUGUCGUGAUUGCAUAUAGUCGGUACAUACUUCGUGUAUUGCACAUGCUCCUCUACGGAGAAAAUAACACUACCUCCGUCCCGGAUGCUUCCUCCACCUGUGCUCUUCCGCCAGAGAUUUUCACCACCACUGCCAACUGUAUAACAGCCGCAGAGUCAAUCGCCCACAUCCUCGAGCUGGACAGCAAUCUCUCAUUCAUGCCAUUUAUAUUCGGGAUAUAUCUGUCCCAUGGCAGUCUGAACUUCCUCUCCGUCGCCGACCAAAUGUCCCGGGUUGGCGCGAGUGAUUUGGCAGGGCAGGGCUGUGGGACUAUUCUGCGGGCGCACGAGGUUGCAACAAGGACAUUUAAUUCAUCAUUUCAGAAGAAUUUCACCCGCAUUGUGCGGCAAUACGCUUGCAUGGUAGGAGGGAUGGGUGCCGGGGACAUGCAAGGGCACAACAAGUAUAAUGAUGUCUGGGGAGUGAAGUCGGAAUGCUACGAUAAUAUAUACUGCUAG